GCUCCCGGGCCCGCGCGGUCUCCCUCAGGCCCGCCUCCGCCCACCGCGCGGCCCCGCCCCUCUCGCGAGGCCUCGGGGGCCAGGACCCCGGCCCCGCCCGCCCCUCCGGCCCUACCUAUCCUGGGGCGGUGGCGCGGCUCGGGGGGCCAGGCUUCGGGUCUUCCUCCCACCCUCGCGCCGCCAGGAGGCCUGCGGGGGCGUGCGGACACCACUGGAGCUUCCCGGGCCCACUGGAGCCGCGGGCGAGGGCGGGGCCUGCGGCGAGAGCUCGGCGGCUGGGAGGAGGUGUGAGGCGGAGAGAGGGAUCAAGGCAGGAUGAAGAGGUUAUUUGUGCUUGUGCUGUCUCUCACCUUACUGAUUUUCUUCUCAGGGGCCUCCCCGAUUCUGAUGGAAAAGCGGGCCAAACAGGUCCUGAGAUCCCGGCGCCAGGACAGGCCGAGCAAACCCGGGUUCCCUGAUGAACCCAUGUGGGAGUACAUGCACCAUCUGCUCCGCCUGGAGCACCGCGCUGAGGAGCAGUUCCUGGAGCAUUGGCUGAACCCGCACUGCAAGCCCCACUGCGACAGGAACGUGGUCCAUCCUGUGUAAGCAGCUCGGACCAGCCCCCGCAAGCAUUUUGAUAAACAACGGCCCGGAUACUAUUGAAACAAGAUGAGGCUCCUUUCGUUUCUUUUUUCAGCUGUGGAAUGGACGUCUUCAGGUUUUGUGAAUUGUGGGCACAGCAAAGGUUGCCUUGGGGAUUGAUGGCAGAUAUUUACGCUGCUUCAUUUGACUAACCUGCACAACUCAUUAAAACCAAUCGCUUAACCUAUAGGCCCCCCUCCCUCCCCCGCAAUGGCCUGCCUACUGCUGUGGAAGGGUGCGAAGAAGGAGAAUCUUUCCUGGGGCUGGUGGAGCUGGGACCUCCAGAACAGGAGAGGGGUUAGCGAGGAAGCCUUGUUCAGCUAAGUAAGCACACCACUUGGGGCGGCUGGGGUUUUGGUCAUUGCUUUUUUUUUUUUUCUUUCUCUCCUUUUCUGCUCUAAUAAACACUGGU